AUGCCCGCCGCCGACGUAUUUACAUCCGGAUCCUCCGCCCUCAUCACCGGAGGUGCCUCUGGCGUCGGCCUGGCAAUUGCAAAGCUAUGCCGCAGCAAGGGCAUGAAGGUUCUCCUAGUCGAUGUUAAUACCGAUGCCCUUCAAAAAGCGAAAAAGGAGCUUGUUGGAGAAAACUGUGCUGAAUCAGAUGUUGUCACGACUGUGGUGGAUGUCAGCCAGGUUGAUGCCUGGGCGAGUUUGAAGAAGACCGCCAUUUCUGCAUUUGGUAGCAUUGAACUUCUCGUUUUGAACGCUGGAAUCGGAGCGAGGGGUACAUGGGGAGACCAAGACUACUUCACCAAGAUCUUCCAAACCAACCUGUUUGGUGUUGUCAAUGGAAUCAAUACGUUCCUACCAGUAGUCCAAGAAGCUGCAAAGUCAAAGCCGACUUCUAUCGUCAUCACAGGCAGUAAACAGGGCAUCACAAAUCCACCUGGAAACGCGGCAUACAAUGCGUCGAAAUCUGCGGUGAAAACUCUCGCGGAACAUCUUAGUUGGGACUUGAAGAAUACCAACACUAGCGUGCAUUUACUUGUGCCGGGGUGGACUUUUACCGGAAUGACUCGGGGUGGAAAUACUGAAAAGCCUGCUGGUGCGUGGGCUCCCGAACAAGUAGCUGACUUUUUAUAUCACAAGAUGCAAAAUGACAAGUUCUACAUCAUCUGCCCUGACAAUGAUGUUUCGGAGGAAACCGACAAGAAGAGAAUGCUCUGGUCAGUGGGGGAUAUCGUGAAAGAGCGACCGCCCCUGACUCGAUGGCGUGAAGAGUGGAAAAAGGAAGCGGAGGAAACAAUGGCUCAAACUAAGGUGUAA